AGGUCCAAACAGCUUCUAUCAGGGAGCCAAGCUUCGUGCCAGCGUGAUCAAGAGCAAGCGGCCUUCCGCGAUAACAAAACACGUUCAAGAUAUCGAUAAGCGUCGUGCUUUCAUGCUCAAGCUCGCCAAGUGCUUGCUCGCUUUUGGUGCUCCAUCCCAUCGGAUCGAGUCGCAGUUGGCUACUGCUUCCCAGAUCCUUGAUGCGAAAGCCUCAUUCGUCCAUAUACCGAAUAUCAUCAUCGUUACAUUUGGUGAUGAAGACAUGACAUCCGUGGAGACUCAUUUCGUGAAAGCGAAUGGACGAAUUGCGCUUACCGCGUUGCAAGGAGUCCAUAUUGUCUAUCGCAAGGUUCUUCAUGACAAGAUGACCGUCGAAGAAGGCACCAGGCGAUUGGCUUCCAUACUCUCCGCUCCCCCGAUAUAUUCGUUAUUGGUACGCUGCUUUUUAGCCUUCGUAUGCGGUUCUACUAUAUGCGUCCUUGCAUUCGGGGGAUCGGUCAUUGAUAUGGGGAUCAGCGGAGUGUGUGCCUUCGUCUUGCAGUACCUAGGCCUUAACACUGCGACAAAGAGCGCGACGUACGCGAAUGUCUACGAGAUAUCAAUCGCCAUCAUCGUGUCUUUCGUGGCCCGGGCACUCGGCACCAUACCAGGCAGGUUGUUCUGCUACAACGCCAUAGCAUCUGCUGGGGUGGUGUUGAUUCUCCCAGGAUUUACUAUCCUCAUCAGUGCACUAGAGCUCACUUCUAGAAAUGUUCUAUGUGGAUCUGUAAGAAUGGUCUAUGCGAUCAUCUACACUUUGUUCCUGGGGUUCGGCCUGACGAUAGGCUCCGAUCUUUAUCUUGUGCUCAACAAACAUGCCCGACAUAAUUUAGAUAAGACCGAAGCAGAGAGAUAUACAAUAUAUCACGGGACUUUUCACGCACAGAACGGCACGUCUCCCGUCCCAGGAGGGGCCAUCUUCGGUUUUGCUCAAACCAAUGACCCUCAUAUCGUUAAUGGAUGCUACAGGGAACCCAGUUGGCCAUGGUGGAGAAAGGAACUUCCCUGGUGGACGCUCUUCUUCCUCGUACCAGCGUACUCUCUCUGCUCGUCUUUGUCCAACUUGCAGAGAUUGCGCAGCUGGCAGCUUCUGGUUAUGGUCCUAUUUGCGUGCUGUGCUUUUGUCGCGAAUCGACUCUCAAAUAACUAUCUUCCUGGCAAAAGCGACAUCAUUUCAGCUUGUGGGGCUUUGGUCAUCGGGAUCUUGGGCAACGUGUACUCGCGAGUCAUGCGUGGAACCGCUUUUACGGCCAUGGUCACCGGUGUCUUGUUCCUUGUCCCUUCUGGUAUUGGUCAAGGCGGCGGCCUGCUCUCCUCUGAUGAGACAUCGUCUACUCAGCAAUACUCAGCUGGACUUCAGCUUGCCAUACGGAUAAUAGAAGUGGCGAUUGGAAUAACAGUUGGUCUAUUUGUGAGUCAGAUCUUCGUAUAUGCCCUGGGAAGAAGAAAGAACGCUGCACACUUUGCUUUCUGA